UAUUUCCCCAGAAAAGGAAAAUAGACAUUUUGGGGGUUAGCUGAGGUGCUAGUCGAGACCUCCUCCUGCAUAAGCAGAGCUAAACCACCUUCUUCUUUCUCUUUUACAUGUAGUUUCUGCUCUUCGUUGCAACCGACAAAACAGCCACGUGGCGCGCAGUCAAAGAAUAUAGUUACUUCCGGUUACUUGAAGUCACGUUCUAGCUGCUGUGCUUCAGCUCACCAGCUCUUUGUGAUGUCUGACUUCAUGACGUCCGCUGAGAGCCCGGCGGUUGGCGUUGGGCCGGCGGGGAAAGCGGCGGCGUCCUCCAACCCGUCGGGAAAUGGAAACUGGGGCGUCGCCGCCGGGAUGGACCAGAUAACGGUGGUGAGGAUCGACGACACGCACAUCGCGGAGGAGCACUCUCACAACGGGGGGAGGGGCAAAGCGGCGGCGUUCUACGAGAUGGAGUACUUGAUGCCUCCUGCUGAGGAGGAGGAGGGAGUGGAGGAGGAAGAGGAGGACGGCGUUUACGUCAUCGAGUACUCGAAUCCCGAAGAGGAGGGAGAAAGCUACCAGUUCAUGAUGUCCGUGGACCGACCGCUCCCGGCCAAGAUGCCGGCGCUCAAACACCCCGCGGCGCCCGAGAGCGCCAGAGCUCCUUCGCCGACCGCCAAACCGUCCAGGAGGCCGAGGCAGAAGAGGAAGCGUAUGGCGGAGGAAGAGGAAGAGGUGAGGAAGGAGAAGCAGCCGCUCGUGAGCAACAUGCGCAUACUGGAGCUCGGCGAGGACUACGGCGCCGCGACCUCGGGGACGACCUCGGGCUCGGACGGGCGGCAGCUGGUGUGCACGCUGUGCCCGCCGCCCGGCCGCUCUUUCAAGAGGGCGUCCGGCUUGGCCGUCCACCUGAAGCACAUGCACUUCCUGGAGGGGAACAAGACCUUCUUCUGCGAGAUGUGCAAGCAGCCGGUGCGCACGCAGAUCGAACUGGACGCACACACGAAGCGGCACGCCAACCAGAGCGCCGUGUUCACCUGCUCGCUCUGCCCGGCGGCGCCCGGGUACCGCGGGUCCAGGCUGGGCCUGAAGAGGCACCUGAUGCAGGAGCACCCGGGCGUCGUGCCCCGCUGCGACGUCUGCGGCAAAGGCUUCAGCUCGCUGGCGUCGUACCUGGCCGACCAAUUCCGGCACGUCGGCGUGUCGCCGUUCUUCUGCGCCAGGUGUCGGAUCUACGAGAUGACGGAGAGGGGUCUGAGCGUCCACAUCCGGAACGACGAAAGGAAGAGGGAGAGGAAGGAGAAGAAGGAGCAGCAGCAAGAGGAGGAGGAGGAGGAGAAGCUGCAGGAGUCGGGAGGAACUCGCCCGCAGACGGUCAGAGGCGAUGCCGACAACUCCGCCACGGACGACUCCGACUUCUGACGAGCCGUUUUGGGUUUUCUGGGUAAAAGAAAGCGACUUCCUCUCCGUCAGAACCGCGCUGACGUUUAUGCAUCUUUGGCGGCUCUGAACUGAACUUUGGAGAUUUGUCGUCAAGUCGUUUGUAACUUGAACAUCAGCGAGGAACAAACACAGUUUUGGGUCUUUUUAAAAAAAAACAUUUUUAGCUUAAUUUAAAGGAACAGUGUGAUGACACACUUUCAUAAUUACUUAAUUGACUAUCUUAUUGAUGUAUUGUUUGAAAAAAAAAAAAACGUCUUCAAAUGUUUAGUUAUUUUUCUGACCAGCAGUUCAGAA